GGGGCAGGGCUAACAGCAGAGCUGAGCCACCCUCUUUCUUCAAAUCAACCCAAUAGUUCGGAGCUCUGGCGUCAAGUCUAUGCAACCAUGUUUGCUUCUCUGUUGCUGCUCGGGCUUUUGAUCUUUGUCCUCAUCUUCCUGCUGAAACCUCAGAGACCAAAGAAUUUCCCACCGGGACCCCCCACCCUGCCUGUGCUGGGAAACCUUUUGCACCUGAGUACAGAUGAUCCUCUGAAUGAUUUUGAGAGGCUGAGGAAAUCCUAUGGAAAUGUCUUCAGCGUGUUCAUUGGCCCACAGCCUGCUGUGGUCAUCAAUGGGUUAAAAGCCAUGAAGGAGAUACUGGUGAUUAAAGGCACAGAUUUUGCUGGACGACCCCAAGAUAUGUUCAUCAACCAUGUCACUCAGGAAACAGGAGUGGUCAUGGAAAACUAUGGUACUGUUUGGAGAGAACAUCGUCGCUUUGCACUGAUGACACUGAGGAACUUCGGUCUGGGGAAGAAGUCAAUGGAGGAGCGGAUUCAUGAAGAGAUUCAACACACAGUAAAGACUCUGGAAAACAGCAUUGGAACAACCCUGAAUCCUCAGAUCAUGUUUCAUAACGCAGCCUCUAACAUCAUCUGCCAGGUUCUGUAUGGAAAACGUUUUGAGUACAACGACGAGAUGAUCAAAGUGAUUAUUAAAUGCUUUACUGACAAUGCCAAGAUGACCAACGGGCCGUGGGCUAUGAUUUAUGAUUCUCUUCCCAUGGUUCGAAACCUGCCACUGCCAUUCAGGAAGGCCUUUAAGAAUUACGAGACCUGUAAACAGAUCGCUCUUGAUAUCAUCAAAAAACACAAGGAAACCAAAGUCACUGGAGAGCCAAGAGACUUUAUUGACUGUUAUCUGGAUGAAUUAGAGAAGAAAAAUGCGGAUAUGUCCUUUUCUGAAGAUCGACUGGCUGGUUACUCUUUGGAUCUUUAUUUUGCUGGAACGGACUCCAUUUCCAACACUUUGCUGACAGGUUUCCUUUACCUAAUGGGACAUCCACAUAUACAAGAAAGAAGUCAGCAAGAGAUAGAUCUGGUGCUGGAGGGCAAGGAUCGGGUCAGCUUUGAGGACAGAAACAACAUGCCUUACAUGCAGGCUGUGAUCCAUGAAAUCCAGAGAUUUGCCAACAUCGGUCCUCUUAGCGUCUUCCACGCCACAAUAAAAGAUACAGAGCUGAUGGGAUAUUCUAUUCCAAAGGGCACCAUGGUCAUCCAAAACAUGAGGUCAGUGCUGAUGGAGGAGGGGCAGUGGAAGUUCCCUCAUGAAUUCAAUCCUGAAAACUUUCUCAACGAGAAGGGAGAGUUUGUUAAACCAGAGGCAUUCAUGCCCUUCUCAGCAGGUCCCCGGGUGUGUUUAGGGGAAGGUCUGGCUCGUAUGGAGCUCUUCAUCAUCAUGGUGACUCUGCUGAGGAAGUUCAAGUUCAUCUGGCCUGAGGAUGCAGGAGAACCCGACUUCACUCAAAUCUUUGGGCUCAUUUUGACUCCAAAACCUUAUCGUAUGAAAGUCCAGCUGAGGUCAAACCAAUGAGCAUGUUGACCAGAAAAUACUACACUUUAUUGCUACUUCCAACUCUUACAAACAAGCUAUAAUGUUUUUAAUCCAUGUGUGAUCAGUUAAUUUUUUACUUCUUUAAAUAAUUUUGUUUAUAAGUAAAGAACAUUUUAAUUGUGAGACUGAAGAGUUUUCUAGUCACUAUAAUUUUACCUUUUUUCAGCACACAAAGAGACCAAUACAAAUAUUCUAAAACUAAAAAUAUUAGCAUACAUACUCUCCAGUAAAAUAUUUUUAAGCUUGUCAUUUAUUACCUAUGACUCAACAGAAGUAUGUGCAGCUAUUUGUCUUUCGACACCUACUCUUAUUUUGUUUUAUUUUUCACUUGGAGGGAGCAAUUUAUAGUAGGAUUUUUUUUCCAAAAAAAAGCCAAUAGUUUAAAUAACUACUGCUGACAUUCAGAUAUUCAAAAAAUAAUGCUGUUGUGUAUUUCUCCUUGGAAUUAUAGUUUACUUGAGUUUGUUGAUGCAAUAAAAAAAGUUGUCUUCUUUUUAUAAUUGUUUAUUCACUUUGUAGGGUAUCUUUCCUAAAAUAAACAAAAGCUGAAGCUGUU